AUGCCUGGCAAACAGUCAGACGCGGAGCAGGAGGAGACGGGGGCUGCCGAAAACGUAGCUGAGGAGGACCUAGGGGGCCUCACGGCAGAGGAGCUCCGGCAGGGCCAGGAGGCAGCCCUGGAGCUGGAGGACAUGAUGGCACUAAGUGCCCAGACCCUGGUCCAAGCCGAGGUGGACGAGCUUUACCAGCAAGUGCGUACCCUGGGCCAGGGCCGCUUCGGCCGGGUCCUGCUGGUCACCCACCGUCAGAAAGGCACCACCCUGGCGCUGAAGCAACUCCCAAAGGCCUCGACCUCUCUCCGUGGCUUCCUGUAUGAGUUCUGCGUGGGCCUCUCACUGGGCACGCAUUCAGCCAUAGUCACGGCCUACGGCAUUGGCAUCGAGUCGGCCGACUCCUACAGCUUCCUGACGGAGCCCAUCCUGUAUGGGGACCUCAUCACCUUCAUCCAGCCCAAGGUGGGCCUCCCGCAGCGGGCAGUCCAGCGCUGUGCAGCCCAGCUGGCCUCGGCCCUGGAGCACAUCCACUCCCGUGGCCUGGUGUACCGGGACAUCAAGCCUGAGAACGUGCUGGUGUGCGACCCAGCCUGCCAGUGGGUCAAGCUGACCGACUUCGGCCACACGAGGCCCCGUGGGACGCUGCUGCGCCUGGCUGGGCCACCCAUCCCUUACACGGCCCCUGAGCUCUGCUGCCCCCCGCCCCUCCCCGAGGGCCUGCCCAUCCAACCUGCCCUGGACGCUUGGGCACUGGGGGUCCUGCUGUUCUGCCUUCUCACCGGCUACUUCCCCUGGGACCAACCCCUGGCCGAGGCCGACCCCUUCUACGAGGACUUCCUCAUCUGGCAGGCGUCGGGCCAGCCCGAGGACCGUCCUCAGCCCUGGUUCGGCCUGACGCCUGUGGCCGACAGUCUCCUGUGGGGGCUGCUGGACCCUCACCCCCGGAAGAGGAGCCCGGUGAACUCCGUCCGGGGCUACCUGGGGCGUCCCUGGAGGCAGCAGGAGGAGGAAGCUGAAGAGGCAGAGGAAGGGGACAGAGAGGAGGAUGGAGGGGAAGGGGGACAGCCCGAGCCCACCUUGCCCGCGGAGACUCGGAAGGGGAACCAGGGCUCUGGCACCUACUGCUCGCCUUGCCCGCGGGCUUGUGGCCCCUGA